ACAUGCCACUUUCCCGUUAGACUAAAUCUCUGAAAGUAAACCACCUCACGAUCCAACAAAAACGUGUACACGUGGUUGAGCUAAAUCAAACAUCUGUAUGAAGAGGCAGAUAAGCGCGAUGUAAUUUCUGAACACAAAGAGUACAGUAAUUGACGAGACACACAUAACCCACGACAAAUUAUAUGCUUUAUGCCUCAGCCUGGCCGCAGUAAAGUCGCACUAUGUUCGUCAAUUGUCUUCGAGGGUUAUGUUCUCAGUUGCAUAUUAUGACGUCACGUCCUGUGGUCUGAGACGUGUGAUAGUGGGAUGUGUGUAGAUGGGUUUUGUAACGCAUUGCUCGCAUAAUUUAGGCAAAACGUUGUGAGUUACCCGAUUCAUGUCCUGCCUCGUUAACUUUCACAUAUGAAAGAUAAUGACCACUUUUGUCAUGUCGUUGUCAAUUAGCUUAGUAUAGGUACAAGAUGCAUUUGUUCUGAAUUGUUGGUGGCUGUUCAGUGUGGGGAACUGUUUAUCCUGUGUUUUAACCUGUGUUGAGUUAUUUUUAUAUGUAAUCAGAAUGAUGACCAUGUUUCUGUACAAAGAGAGAUUAUUGUCACCUGGCCAACUCAAGAGGCUUAGUGAACAUAAAUAUAGUUUCACUAGUACUAGUUUACUAGAUUCUUUGCUGCAACCAUGGUGGAAUUGGUUAGUCAGCAAAUUGCCUCUGUGGCUAGCUCCUAACUUAAUAACAGUUUGGGGACUUAUUGUUAAUAUAUUGACAACCUUAAUUCUUGUUUGGUACAGUCCUGAUGCCAAGGAAGAGGCUCCCAGAUGGGCAUGUUUUGCAUGUGCCUUGGGAUUAUUUAUUUACCAGAGUUUAGAUGCAAUAGAUGGUAAACAAGCUCGCCGUACUGGCACGUCAAGUCCAUUAGGAGAACUUUUUGAUCAUGGCUGUGAUUCAAUAUCUACAGUAUUUGUUGCACUGUCUGCAUGCAUAGCUGUGCAGUUGGGGUUUUACCCAUCAUGGAUGUUUUUCCAGUGUUUUUGUGCUAUGACCUUAUUUUAUUGUGCCCAUUGGCAAACAUAUGUUUCAGGAACAUUAAGAUUUGGAAAAGUUGAUGUUACAGAAGCACAAUUUACAAUAAUUUUCAUUCAUUUAAUUUCGGCAGUAUUUGGGCCUAGCGUGUGGAUGACAAAGAUUCCUUAUCUUAAUUUUCAAUUGAAGGGUCUAAUACUUGUGAGCACUAUCAUAGUUGGAUCAAUAAAUGUGUACCAGUACUUUUAUGUUAUAUUUACUGGUGGAGUGGGGAAAAACGGUUCCACUGUUGCUCUUCCAUGGCUAAACAUGGAACUGAAGUUAAUUCCCAUCUAUGUGGCUGUCUUGGUAGCUGUUCUCCUUGCGCAGUCAAAAGUGGCGAUCAUUAUAACUGGUGGUGUGGGCAAGAAUGGGUCCACGGUAGCUGGAACAAGUGUGUUAUCGCCUAUAAUCCCUUUUAGUCUGGUAGUUGUACCAGCCUUUAUAAUUUAUCGGAAAAGUAUAGAACAUGUUUAUGAGGAGCAUCCAGCAUUGUAUAUAUUGGCAUUUGGUAUGGUUGCUGCAAAAGUGACCAACAGAUUAGUGGUGGCACAUAUGACGAAAAAUGAAAUGGAAUAUUUAGACUCUGCACUUAUUGGCCCUGCUAUGUUAUUCCUCAACCAAUAUUUUAAUUUCUUCAUCAAGGAAUAUAUUGUGUUGUGGUUGUGUUUGAUAUGGGUUACGUUUGAUCUUCUACGAUAUUCAUGUCAAGUUUGCGUAGAGAUUUGCGAACACUUGAAAAUCCAGCUAUUCCGAAUUCCUGUUAGAUCUGCCAUUGUGGGAUCAGAAAAGAAUGGUAUGGGCAGUUUAAGUAUUCAUGGUGGUGGUGGAGGAAGUGGUAAACAGUCUCGAAGUAAACAUUCAAAAAAAUUUCAGCACUAAUUUCAGCACUCUCUGAGAGAUGCACGGUAUUUGUGACCCAAUGAAACACAUUUCUUCUCAGUUUAAUGAUGAGUGAGCUUUGUUGAUGUAGCUGGUACUGCAUUUUGCAAUAAACUCAUCUUGGAAGUUAAAUGAUAUAUUUUUAGCUCAUUGAAAGGCAUUAUAAUGCAUGAACUAAAUAAGAGAAAACUAGUUUUCAUGGCGAUGGAAAAGCACAUGUUCCAUUGACAGAAAUAGCGUAAUGCUUUUGAGGACACAAAAUAUACUAAUGAUAAAUUGGCACUUUGAUAUGUAAAAAAUGAAAAAAGAAAAGGAAAAAAUUUGUAUUGAACCCAGAAUAGGAAAUAAAUAUGCAGAGUGUUGAGCAAUUAAUUAGCAGGAUAUUAUAGUUAUCUACUGUGCGUAUUAUUUGUGGUUAUCUAAAUGGCAUGCAUACUAUCUCAGUGAGAGGUGCAUAUACUUCAUGCUGCAUAUGUUGUUAUCUGUGUGAAUAUGCAAGAAAUUACAUGGAGCCUACAUGUAUUCAUUUAUUCAUAGAGUUAUUCAUAAGCUUUUUUUAUUUAAUUGCCACAUAAUUUAUAGUAUUUAGAAUUAUAUAUUAGAAAUCAAUGAUCUACAUGAUUUUAUGUAAAGAAUUUUCCGGUACUGCUUUCUGAUGACCAUUAGUAAUGUGCAUUACCACCUGUGAUAUAUUUGCUACUGUUCAGUGGUGAAGACUUUUCUCAAUGAUAGUAGUUGUAGUUGAGGGUUAGGCCCUACAUGGGCUUGCAUGAAAAGUUGUGACAUAUUUGAUAGUUUAUUUUGAAUAGCUUAUUACAGUAAAACUCCAUUAAUAUAUUUUACACUUAUACAUUUUUCAUAUUUAUCAGUAAUUGUUUUUAAAAUCCCACCUAAAUUCCUAUUCUUCCCAAUUUUAAAUUAUUUCAGUUAUGCAUUUCAUGUUAAUUUGUUUUUCAUCCGUAAAUGUUUGUAUAAACAUCUGUGUAACACCUGUAUAAUAACCAAAUAAUGGCACAGAUGACCAAUAAGUAAAAAUGAUUGUCAUCUUAGAAGAGAUGAAGGAAUUUGUGUUUGGUUUAGAGUUUGAGUUGUUUAGUUUUAUUGGUAAGCAACAUCUAUCAGCUUCCGAUUAGAACUUGAUAAUAACUGUAGAGAUUGGACUAAUCGACAGGGUGUAAGGAUAAGAGUGCUAGUGACUCCUGGUAAGGCUUUGCAUAAUGUUUACCAACAUUGUACUGUAAAAAUCUGACAUAUUUGUAGGAAAUAACAAAAUAAGCAGUAUUUAGGUAUUACAGGCAAUUAUGUUGCUGUGAUCACACGUUUUGUAAGGAAGAUUUUGGCAUUAUGUAGAUGAAUUCUUUAAUUAAAGAAACUAUUAUGUGACAAGGAAAGUAGUCGUUGAUCAGUUUCUUUCCAAAAAUUAGAAAUUUCUUUCUUAAGAAUAUUAUAUAUUAUUUCUGUUGGAGAGAAAUGCAUAAGCAAAGUGAUACAACUUAACAAUACAAUGAUUUUGUGCAAGCAAACUUAGAUGGUAUGAGCUCAAAAUACUUUGAUUUAAAUAUUUUUUCGACAGCAGAAUUGUAAAACUCCAGUAAUUCAAUAUCCUUUCACCUGUACAAUUAUGUGAAAUUUAAAUAGUGAGUUUCUAAUACAUAAAUAUUAUCAAAAUAUUGAUAUAAUAUUUUUCACAGAGAUUUUCCUCAUAACAUUUUCCCCUGUCACUUCCCUGAAAAAUAAGUAUAUAAAGUUUUACUGUAAUUUGUAUAUUCAACAAUUCAAAAUUUCAUUAACAAUAUUGCUAUUGAAUUAAUUUUACAUUUUCAUGUAGAAUCAUUAAAAUCACUUCAAAUUUUAAUAUUACAACAUUGAUUUCAAUUACAGUUUAUUGCCAAGAUUUCUGAUCUAAUGCUCUGUAUAAUUAUUUCUAAUCUGUUUCCAUUACAAAUUCAAUGUCAGACUCUGUAAGAAUAGUGACUUCACCUUUUUCAUUGUUCAAUUUCCUGAUCCUUUAAUGAAUUAGAAGUGAAAGUGUGACACUUCAUUUCUUAUGAAAAUUGUACUUUACCUUUCUGAAACUUCAAUUUCCUUGUCUCCGUUUUCAUUCUGGAAAAUAUUUUGUGUGAUUUAUAUGAUAAAUACAGCAUGCCAAGUGUACAACAUGUCCAUUAUUUAUUAGACUUAGAACCAAUAAUGACUGUUUUGUAUUUGUUGAACUUGUCUUGUAACUUACUUGUUUCCCUUGAAAAAGAAAGGGAUGUAGCUGUAUAUAAUGCUCUAUAAGUGAAGGGUUAGUUUCCCUGUUUAUUUUUUAUUUUUUUUUUACUUUUCAAAAGUUAUUAUGUAAAAAUGGUCUGUACAUAUUUAAUUAAAUUUUAUGUGUAAAUUUUGAAUGCCGUUAUUCUCAACUUGUGGCUCAGAUAUUUUAGAAAAUGUAUGUUUAGUUAUUUUUUGUAGCAUGUUUCUUCAGUUAAUAAGCAAAUAUUUAUUUUGGAAAAAAGUGCUUAGCACAAUUUUUUUUAUGUAGAUAUGGAUUAUUGGUAUUGUUCAUAAUGGAGUAUAAAUAUUUCAUUAAUAAUAAAAAAUUAUCAUUUGAAAUAAUAAAUCAUUAUUUCAAUUAUUUACAUCAAUUUUCCUUUCUAUUUCUUGUAAGAUCUUGCAUAAAUUUGGAUUCUGCUAUUCCAAGAGGCAUUUAAAUAACUGUUUCGUAUUUCCAAAUCUUAGUCAUUUGUAUUUUCUACUCUGCAUUGGUAAUCCAAAUUCUGUUAAUGUUUGUCGUUGAACAGGGAUUUCCUGCAACUUCGUCCAACCCACAUUGGGUAACAAACUCGGCAUUCAUUUUCACGUUUCAUUUGACCCAGAGCCAUUCGUUUGAGAUUCACUCUUAACUGACCCAUUCAAAAAUAUUAUCAGAAUUGCCUGGCAAAUUCACGGUGGAUGCCGAGAAUACGACCGCGAAUAUAAUUAUGUAUUGUAGACGGUGUAAUGUUUUUACUGUUUUCACAGUUUAUAGUUACAUCAACAUUUAUGAUUUCUGUGACAUGGAAUGGAAACGUAAAACUUAAACCCCAACCAACUAGGCUUAAUCUGCAAGUAUAAGUCUACCUCGCCUUUUUCAACUGAGAUAUGUAGGAAAAAACUCUUCUUAUAUUCGGGUAAAUACAGUAUCUCAACUAAGUAGCAGUUUCUUUAUUGUUCCUUAACUAUGGUCCAUUUUACUUAACUUAGGCAGAUUUGUUAACAUAAUGAUUGACGUUGCUGAAUAUUGCUGUAGCCCAGGUAUCUACUUCUGUCAGUUUUGUUUUUUUGACAAAGUAUCAAUAUAUAGUCUUAAAUUUGUUUUGAAAUUGUACAAGAUUUUAAAUGUCUUCAUUUUUUAAUAACUGGACUUUAAUUUAACUGUAUAGAGAAAACUAUACGCAGACAUUAAUGAUAUGGAAAAAUAAAAUUAUUUUUAAAAAGUUUUCCACGAUAUUUUCAAUUACUUCAGAAGCCACAAUUCUUGGUUUUCCAAUUACAGUUUCUAGUAAAUGCAAAUUCACUACUAAGAUUAGGUUUGUCGACUUCUUGAAUCUAUGAAAUGAAUUAAAUUGUGCAAAAUCUCCUACUUUAUCAAUGCCUGAAUUUUUGCACUAGCAGAAUCUUUCAAUUUGUGUAAUUUUAUGUAAUAGUGAAAUUGAACUUUGUAUUGAAUAAUACUAAGGGAAAGAGUAAAUAACAAUGAGUUAUAUUCUACCUAAUGGAUGAUUUACAUGGACAUUUGUUUCACCAUUCAGGUGUUACUAAUACACAGAAAUAAUCAGUGUCCUUUACUUUUCUCAGUGUUGAAGGUAUUUUUGGAUAUUCUGCAAUUUCUUUUCAAUUACAUUAAUUUUUUGUUGUAUGGGACAUUUAUUCAAAGCAGUGAAGUCAUGGGGUGCUGAAUUGGGACCAAGAAGGGGUGUCAGUCAAGGUGAUGGCUCUUUAAAUGCACAAAAUAUUUUUAAUUUGUUUUUGUUAGAGAAAAGUUUGUGUGCCAUUAGUUAAAAUCAGUAUUUUCUUCUUUUGAAAUUUCAAGCCUGCACAACUAAUGUGAAAGAGGAGACUUGCUCAGACAUAAUGUAAAUUUUAGUGUAAGCAAAGAAUUUUUUCUAUGGUGUGAUUUCAUUUGUAAUAAAACAAUGUUGACAAAGUUACUGCUUGAACAUGGCAUUAAAAAUGAGUAUAUAUAGACUCUGAAAGUUAAUUCCAUAAUUGAUUACAUGAGAAAUUAACACUUUUAGACCCUUUGUUUAUUUGAUUACAAUAAAAUGACCUCUUCGUCAGCAAAGUUCUGUAAUUGAUCAUGUGAAUAUAUUAACUAUUGUAAGCUAAAUAAUUAUUGUUGUGCUGGUUUCAUGUACAGUGUAAAUCUUUUGUGUGGUUUUGGAAGAGCAUUUAUUGCUCAUAAUUGUCUUCUACAAUACUUGCACAUUGUUCCUCUACGAUUCUUAAGUAUGAGAUGUUUUAUGUCUAGAAGAGAAUGUGUUUCUGAUUUGAAGUGAAAGAAACAUUUCUCUUCUGAAAUAUGUUUGAAGUAUGGACUACAUGUAAUGUGAUAUAUUUGCAAAUUGGUGUCAUUGAAUUACGUCCUUAUUCACUGAGAAUAUUGUACAUGUACAAAAGACAGUCAUAUUCAACGUAGUAUAAGAGCAUGGAAUCAUCUCUUAUGUAAUUACAUAUUUGCAAAUGCAAUAUGCAAUAUUUGCAAUUACAUAUAUGCUUCUUUACCAUUUCAUUAUUUAUAAUUUUUGUUUUAAUGCAUUAAAUCAUGUAUGUUUAAACAGGCAUACCAACUAAAAAUGAAUUGAAAACUGCUGUAAGUUCCACUACCUUUAAUUUAGCCUAAUUUAGCUAAUUUAGCCUUGAGUUCAUUUAAACUUAAUACAUGCUGUUAAGGAUGAUUAAUAAACGAAUCAUGUUCCUACAUAGGCAAUGAAGGAAAGAGUUUAUUAAUUGUAUAAAGUUUUGUUUUUGAUGGGUAGGUUAUGACUCAAAUGUUUCAAUAGAAAUCUUUCUCAAGUGCAGGAUAAAUCAAUGUACUGUAGUUGGUUCAAUGUAUUCAUGU